UCGUCUGCUACUUGUGAAUGAGUGCCGUGCCGCGCAUGUGCAGGCCUGCUCGUGCUACACUUCUCUCCACAACAACCGCCUCAACCGGCAGCUGCUGCGUCGUGGAUGUGACAGCGAUGGUCCAGACAUCAAGUAUGAUCCAGUUGGCAUGGAUACUCCUUCUCCCGGCGGCUUUUUCAAUUCGACACGAGUCGAACUUGAUCUGGGCUCAAACUCCAUCCCUGCAACUGGUGGUGUCGCGCCUGGUGGGCAUAGAAGGUGACCCCUCCGUGUGGGUCACCAACCGAAUGCCGAGUGUCAAACAGAUUAGUGCCCCGCACAUCGGAUGGGAGUUCAAGGCCCUGGGCUUUGACUACCGGAAGCAGAUGCUUGUGUGGAGCGAGGCUAUGAACAAAAAGAUUCAGGGCUUGUACUUGAAUGGGUCGACGGAGACAGUGGACGUGUAUACGGGUACAUCCUCUGAGGUUCUGGGGCUGGUCGUCGACUGGGUAUCUAGCAACGUCUACUGGUCUGAUGGCAUCUACAACUGGAUCAUGAUGGCGCCCUUGCGAAAGUCGGGUGGCCAAGACCAGAUCUACCGAAUCUUGGUGCAAGAGGGCCUGGACAACCCUCACGGCUUGGCUGUGUAUCCCAAGAAGGGAUACCUGUUCUUCUCCGACUGGGGCAUCAGGCCACGCAUUGAAGUCUGCGAUCUCCUUGGCAACAACAGACGGACCAUAGUUGACUCGAACCUUGUGCACCCGAGAGGUCUGGCUUUGGAUAUGUCUCAGGAUCGCAUCUUCUGGGUGGACAGCGGUAUAUACUCUGUGGAAAGUGCCUCGCUGAAUGGAAUGGGCCGCGAAGUUUUCAGAAUAGACACCGGGACCAGCUACUACGGUAUAGCAGUCCACAAGAACUUUCUCUUCGUUACGGAGCAGUCAAACGGUUUGCUCAAGAUUUUCAAUCGGGUCGGACAUGUUCCACCUGUCAGCUUCACACUGGGUAACGUGCCCAACAGCAUCAUCAUGUACGAUGAAAGUCAACAAGAGGGCAACAGCAGUGCGUGCGAUGCAGAAAAGUGCGCACACAUGUGCGUGGAUGACCCUCUGACUGGCCCCAAGUGUAUUUGUGGCGAAGGUUACGUCCUGUUACCGGACAACAAAGGCUGCAACCUCACCAAACAUUUUGUGCAUCCCUCACACCUGUAUGCUAUCGGCGAGGCCAUCUGCCAGUACCCUGCCAACAUGGCCGACAUGUCCCUGGACAACGUCACCUUGACCUCGCAAUGCUUCCUGGCGGAACGUUACGGAUACCUGGCCUUGACCUUUGACGGCGCCCAGAACAUGCUCUACUACUCCAGCAACUACACCAACACCAUUUCCGCCAUUCCACUGGAAACGGGGGCCAAGGCAAAGAUUGUGGCGGGAGGAACUGGAACGGUCAAAGGCUUGGCGCUGGACUGGGUAAGCGGCAACCUGUUCUGGACCGACAGCACCAACAGCGUCCUCAAGGUGGCACGCAAGGACGGCGCCUACCAGCGGGUAUUUGUUAACGACAAGGUGUUCAGCCCCCUGGGUAUCGCAGUCCACCCAGCUAGAGGGACAGUCUACUGGACGGAUCUCGGUGAUGAUGAUUAUUUAAUGCACGCAAAGAUAGAGAAAAUAAAUAUGGACGGCACAGAACGAGAAUUAGUCAUUGAAGAACACGUUGGGCAGCCUAACCAUCUUUUCAUCGACUACCAGACAGAUAUAAUGUACUGGGCAGACUCUCAGCUAAACCAGGUGGGACAAGUUGACCUGAACACAAACAUAAAAUCUACUUUCUUCACCAUGAAAAAUGUUCGCUUCUACGGAAUCAGUCUUUUUAAGGAUCUGCUGCUGUGGACAGACAAAGGUGAGAUGAAUGGCAUUCACGUGGCACGUCUGGACAAGAUGCGCAAGGUUCGUGGUAUCAUCCACCCCAGCUACGGCGACGCCAGCGACAUCAUCACCUUUGACCCCCUGGCGCAGCCCAAGUUAAAGUCCAAAUGUCCAGAAGGGGAAGAUAAGUGCCAGCAACUGUGUCUCCCUCACGGCAAAAGUUACUACACCUGUCACUGCGGCCUGGGAUACCAGCUGGACGACAAUGGCUACCACUGUAGAUCAGAGCUCGUCAACGACAACUUUCUGAUCGUCAACGACGCGCAGAAGCAGAUCUAUCAGAUCGACACCCGCAACGGCGCCAUCAGCGCUCUGGGGCUGGCCACGGAGCACGAACCCAUUGCCCUCGAUUUCGACCCUCUGACGUCACAUGUGUACUGGUCCGACAACACUGCGCAUGUCCUGGCGCGCACGGAACUCCAGUCCCGCGAGACAGAGCUCGUACGGAAGCUCUCCGAAAAGGCCAUUUGUGAUGGCAUCGCAGUUGACUUCGUCAACCAGCUCCUCUUCUACACAGACACGGGCAAUGACGUCAUUGGAGUUGUGUCCAUUGUCGACAUCUCAAAGUUUAGGACACUCAUUAACCACAGCCUUGACGAGCCACGUGAUAUUGUCGCGUCACCAACUGAGGGGAAGAUUUACUGGUCGGAUUGGGGUAAAGAACCUCGGAUCUCCUCGGCGAGCAUGGAUGGCACCGGGAUUACGAUAGUGAUCUCCCUUAAAACUCUCUCCUGGCCUAACGGACUCGCCCUUGACGUCAGAGGUCGAGUGCUGUACUGGGCAGACGCACAGGCCAACUCCAUCCACAUGUACAACAUCGACACGCAGACCAACCGCACCAUGGUCAUCGAACCUGCCGCCCACUACUUCGGCCUCUUCGUCAUGGGAGACUUUCUCUACGUCACCGACUGGCGCCGGAACUCUCUGGCCAGGAUGCACAAGUCUGGGGGAGAAAUCAUGCCUUACAGCACUGCCAAUUUCACAAAACUUUACGGUAUCAGUGGCUUCAACUCCUCUGAAAUACUUCGAGCCGUGAGUGUGUGUAGGAACAACUCGUGUGCUCACCUGUGCAUACCUCUGCCCCACAACGAACGGCGCUGCAUGUGUUCUGAUAAUUACAUGGAGACACCUGGAGGAGGAUGCUUUCCAUUAUUUGAUGAGAGUACCACGACGUCAAAGCCAGCUGAGCCCACCUCUUCACGCUCUUCAUCUGAAGACUUUUCGUCUCACCAUUUCACCUCUCACUAUGACCAUGACGAGGAGCACGAGGUCGAUCACGAUGACGACGACGAGUUCGAUAAGGGGUCCCCGAGCUUACCAGCCUCCGCCACCACACCCACCACAGCAGUUACCAAGGAGACGCCUCCUAGUUCCCAGACUAACUCGGAGACGCCUCCUAGUUCCCAGACUAACUCGAAGGAGACGCUGCCUAGUUUCCAGACUAACUCGCCCCUGCCAACGGGAAACAGUCCACGUCCAACGAUGACGUCGUCCACCAGCCCAAAGCACGUGACUCCAACGCCUAGGACUGGGUCUGGCACCAGCGCCAGGGUAGCGGAGACAGACAAGCCUCCCGUCGCUGGGGAAAGCCAGAGUCAGCAAGCCAACUCGGGUACCAUCGUUGCCGUGGCAGUCGUUCUGUCUGCUCUUCUGGUGUCCGCUGGGGUGAUAGCGUUCAUAGUGUACAAGAGUGGCAAUCGUUUUGGUAAAUCUUCUGGUGGCUGCUGCGGUUUCAGCGUCCCUGCUCAACAAGAGGCGUCAUGGCUACACUAUUCCUCAUUCAAAGCUGACAGAAGAAAGCUCGGGAACCUACCCAAAGGUAAUCUUUCCUCGAGGAGGAGACAGUGUGACGUUUGAUUCCGGAAUCGAAAACCCAACCUAUGACGUCACGCAGACUAUGUUGAAGAACGAGGAAUGCUAACACGAUGACUUUCAUUCCAUGAAAUACUCAUCAUUGUGGCUUAUUAAAUAUUGCAAGCGCUUAAAUAAUGGUUCUAAAAUAUGUUCUUUGUAAUAAUUCUUUAAAACGUUUACAGGCAUAAUGAUCUACUUAAGAAGUGUUUGGGGUUUUUUUAUGAUUCGGGUACUCAGUGGCGAUUUGGGAUCUCACCAAUCACGUUUUCAAAGGAAGAUCUUAUUCUUCGUGUGAGGUUUUGUUUUCGAGAAAGUGCUGGCAGUGACUGUGUUGUUGGAGAAGACGUUGCAGGACUUUACACUUGGGCAUUCCAGACUUCUGUGUUCAUAGAAAAAAAUGUCGCUGUCAUGAAGUUACGUUGUAAAACCAUUUUGGUGCUAUUUACUAAUGUUACAGUUUUGCUUAAUGUCUUAAUGAAGUCUGUAUUUACUAUAAUUGCCAGAGAGAAACCCAAUUGUCACCUGCCCUUCGAGAAGGAGGCUUUAAAGAGAUCACUGCUUUUUGUAGGCUAAAAAAGUUUAACAACUUUUUGAUUUCUUUGCUUCUCUGUCGAGGACCUCACGUUUAUGAAUCUGCGGUCGACUGAAGGUAUACCUACCAAGUUAGGUCCCUCAGAUUUCAAACCUUUUUUUCUGAAGAAAAGUUGUCUUACUGCGUGACGUAGACCAGAGUUAAAUUCACUUAAAGAUGCUUUGCUAGGUAUUGCUGUAUUUGAUGUGUAUGCUUGUGUGUUUAUCUCUGCAUGUGUUCUUUGCAUUUGAAUAUAUAUGUGUGUGCGUGAAAGCAUUCGUAUGUGUGCAUCCUUAUUAAAAUAAGGCGGUACAAAAACAUCCACACCAUUGUUUAAGUAGCAGUGACAGUCGCUGUAAUAGUAAUUAGUGUAGCAGAAAACAAAGAUAUUUGUGAAAUGUCAUACCUCUUACGUACAAAUUAUUUUAGAAUGAAAUGCAUGUAUACAGCCUGCAUGAUUUUUUCACUGCAUUUUUAUAAACUCUGAUUCAGAAUCUACUCUCAGUGUCUUACUCACAAUGUGUACUUAAGCAUACCAUCAUGCCAGGAACAAAUACAGACCCGUUGGUAAGGUUCUGGUUGUAGCCUGUGUAGCCUGAUGUCAAUGAGAAAGUCCCGUUACUGAUGCCAAAGCCGUUGUUUUAUCUCCAUUGCCGUAGAGGAAACGGUUCACGUCCUCUUUCUAGAUGAAGUUAUACUGCGUGUUCAUUUUGAUUCUGAAGUCAAUGUUUCUUCUGCAUUACCCUAGUGCAGACUUGUAUUUCAUGUUUUCGAGGCCAUUCCAGAUGUCAUUCCAGUUCGUCACCUGUCUCUACCUCUUUCUUUUAUUCCAGGGUUUUCUUAUUCUUUAUUCCCUUGUUCCGGGGUAUCCUAUGGUCAAACAUAUUUUCAGAACGUAUUGGGACAAAAAUACUGACUUUGACCAGUGAACAGAUUUAAUCAAGACUUGAAAUAACUAAUAUGAUAGAGUUGUAUUGUCAUUGACUAUUUUGAUUAACUGUUUUUACUUUUUCAUCAGAUCAUACAAUAAUGUCUAAAUUAUACUUGAGACAAAUUAAUGAUAUAGAUAUUGAAUCAGUUUGAUGGUUCAAUGUAAUUUUGUAGAAAAGGUUUGCUGUCCUUGUUUUCACUUUCAGGUCCAUUUUGAAAAUCUGUUUUUACUUGUGGUCAGUGAACAAUUUUGUUUUUGUUUCUUCGGCCUAGAGCUGUAAUGUUUUAUGUCGAAGUAAGGAUGUAUGCUCUGUAAUCAGAGUGUGAUUGGCUACGUGGCAUGCAGCCAACGAUGUCGUCAAUGAUGAGGACUGAAUACACUUUCUUUGUUCUUGUAAACCACAGUCCUCAAGCUGUUUGCUUCUGGUCAGUAUGGAAACCUACGGUGAUAUAAUGACUAAAAUCAUGCCUUUGUCAUAGACAUCAGUCUAGUCAUUUUAGAUUAUCAACAAUCAUCUUAAGACAUGAAAUUACUUGACCAGUAGUUUUUUUUAUUUGUUAGUUCGUUGAGUGUUCAUGAUAUAUUGUACAUAGUUCCACAAUUUGGAAAAUGCGCUGAGCUUUAAUCACUUGAGUCAAAUUUUCCAUGACAUUUCAUCUAAAAUUAUGGUAAAAAACAAACAAAGUGUAAUGCUAGCAACAUGUGUUGUUGCGCAGUCAGAUAAAAAUAAUGUUUUUGUAUUUUUUUCUUGUUGUUUGUUGGAAUUGCAGUUAUCAUUUUUCAAAGCAUAUCAAAAAGCUGUAAAGAUUGAAAACUAGUCGGUACUUAAUUCUGUAAUGUUACCAGAAAAUUCAAAUUUUUUCUAGGGUGUGUACUAAAGUACAAUGUCUCCUAGGGUUUGCAUGCACAGAUCAGACGGGUCCAUUACACAUAGACAUCCACAUACGCACACACAAAUAAAGAUACACAUUAUCAAAAAAAAGUAUAGCGCAUGCUUGUUGGUACGGACGUAAAAGGACAGUCCACAGGAAAUUUUAAAAAAUAUGUCUUGAACUUGAUUUCCAAUUGUUGUACAUUUGAUAAAUUUUGAUUAAGAAAUACAAAAAACUGGUGAUACCGAUUCAAUUCUUUCAUGUCACUGACUUGUCAUUGUCCACUGAAUGACACUUUGUUGUUGCCAAACAAGCACAGGUGAGAGAAAGAAAAAUAAACAUGCCUUACACCAGC